AUGGAGAAUAAUGAUUCUGCACCAAAAGAAACUGGUCUUAACAAUGUUGCUGCAAGAGAAGGUGACAAGCUUACAAAGAGAUAUGAUCUUGUUGAAGAGAUGAACUUCUUAUUUGUAAAGGUUAUUAGGGUUAGAGACUUUCCUUAUAACCCUAACCUUUAUGUAGAAGUUAAACUUGGAAACAUGAAAGCAACAACUAUUUUCUUAGACAACACUUCAUUUUUGAACCAAGUGUUUGCUUUUGAAAAAGACAAGAUUCAUUGCACCAAAGUAGAUGUUAUGGUCAGGGAUAAGAUCGAGGUUAGAGAUAUGUCGCGUGAGUUUAUCGGUCGCGUUCAGUUUGAUGUUGGGGAAAUUCCGAAAAGAGUCUCGCCGGAGUCUAUGUUGGCGCCUCAAUGGUAUAGAUUAGAGGAUCAAAAUGGUGUGAAUCUUGUUAGAGGGGCUAUCAUGUUGUCUUUGUGGAUUGGAACACAAGCGGAUGAGUGUUUUUCGCACGCGUGGUGUUCGGAUUCGACGAGAAUAAGUGGUGAUGCGGUUGGUUAUACUCGUUCUAAGGUGUAUAUGUCUCCUAGUCUUUGGUAUCUUAGGGUUAAUGUGAUUCAAGCACAUGAUUUGUUGUUGAGAUUUGAUCCUAAAAGUUCGGACAUUUUUGUCCAAGUUGAUUUAGGGAGUUUGCGUUUGAGAACUAGUUUUUCCAAGAUUAAGAGUGAAAAACCAUUUUGGAAUGAGGAUUUGAUGUUUGUUGCGCACGAGCCAUUCGACGAAACAAUUUUCUUGAGUGUUGAGCAAGGAACAUUAGUUGAUCAUGUGAGUUUGGGAACGUAUAAGAUUAAUUUGAAAGAUGUGGAAAAGAGAUUAGAACCUAUACCGGUAGAAAGUUUAUGGUAUGACCUUAAUAGGCCGGGAGUUAUAGAGACUGCAACGGAGGUAAAGUUUGCUAGUAAGUUGAAUGCGAGAAUUUCGUUAGACGGUGCUUAUCAUGUGAUGGAUGAGCCUCUUGAAUAUAGUAGUGACUUUAGGCCUUCAUCGAAAAAGCUUUGGAAAUCAAGCAUUGGUGUUUUGGAGCUUGGAAUUCUAAAGGCGACUAAUUUGAUGCCGAUGAAGAUUGGAGGGAGAACCGAUGCAUAUUGUGUGGCAAAAUAUGGACCGAAAUGGGUGAGGACGAGAACUAUUGUUGAUAGUCUCUCGCCAAAUUGGAACGAGCAAUAUGUUUGGGAAGUUUACGAGUCAUUCACAGUCAUUACCAUUGCAGUGUUUGAUAACAAUCAGUUAAACACUGAGAGUAGAGGUAGAGGUGUAAGAGAUACAAUAAUGGCGAAGAUAAGGAUUCGAUUAUCGACACUUGAACGCGGUAAAGUCUAUACACAUUCUUACCCUCUUAUAGGUUUGCAACCUUCUGGUAUGAAUAAGAUGGGAGAAAUCCAUUUAGCAGUGAGGUUUUCUUGGUCGUUUUGGUCUAUGUAUCGAAUUUACAAAGCACCUUUGUUCAACGAAGUACAUUAUUUAUUACCCUUGUCGUCUACGCAGCUUGAUAAUUUACAAAGUCAAGCUGCUCAUGUUAUAGCAAGGAGUUUAAGCAAAGCAGAACCACCCCUUAGGAAAGAGGUUGUAUCGUAUAUGCUCGAUAUGAGGUCGGAUUUAUGGAGUAUGAGAAAAGGAAUAGCAAAUUAUAACAGAAUCAUGAGCUUUUUAGGCGGUUUUGUUGUGUUUUGGAAAUGGUUAGAAGACAUAAAGAAAUGGAAGAAUCCAAUUGCAACAUUGCUUUUUCAUUUUCUUUGCAUUCUUGUGGUUUUGCAUCCCCAACCAAUGUUAUCUCUAGUGAUUUUCUACUUUUUUUGGAUUGGUUUGAAGAAUUAUUUCAAUAGGCCUAAACAUCCAUGUCACAUAGAUGAAACAUUGUCCGGCGCAGAUACAACAAAUACCGAAGAUAUAGAGGAAGAACUUGAUUUCUUUCCUACUCAAACCAGAGGCGAACAUUUGAGAAGACGAUAUGACAGGUUGAGAAUCAUUGCAAGAAACGCACAAAGAAAGGUUUCUCAUUUGGCUACCAUUGGAGAAAAGCUACAAUCUCUGUGUAGCUGGAGAGAUCCAAGAGCUACAAAAUUAUUUUUGUUAUUCUGUUUUGUUGGUUUUGUUGUUACAAUGUUUCUUCCUUUGCAAGUUAUCAUAUUCAUCUGGAUCAUGUACUAUCUAAGACAUCCAAGCUAUCGAAGCGGCGGAACUUGGAGCGCCGAGAAUUUCUUCAAGAGAUUACCCUCAAAUCAAGCUUUUAUGCUUUGA